AUGCAGUUUAACAAGCAUAGAGUUUUUGAUUGUUUUCUCUAUAAUGGAGAAGCCGGAAUGCUAUACACUAGACUUUGGAGACUUGAUCCUUACGUUGAUAAAUUUAUUAUAUAUGCUGGAACAGUUUCGUUCUCAGGUAAGGUACGCAAUUUAUCUACAUAUCCUUUUGAAAAGGAAAUUAGUAAAUAUGAAUCAAAAAUACAUUGGAUAACUAAAGAUGUAGGAUGUACACCGGCAGAUGCUAAAUACUUUCACGAUACAUGGUGUAGGGAGAAUUCUGCACGAAGCGCCCUUUAUCCUGCACUAAAAGAAUACGGACCUAAUCAAGAAGAUUUUAUUAUUUUCUCAGACCUCGACGAAAUACCAAUAAGAUACGCAAUGGAUUUGCUUGAAUUGGAGCGUCCAGAAACAGGCUAUGUUCUUCUUGGCUACCUUACAUCUCCAAACUACUUUUCCAUAAUUGAAAGAUGGGAUAUUGUUAGAUACUUCCGAUGGUAUGGAGAUUUCGAAAGAUUUUCAUCAGCCCGAGGUCUCAAAUACGAUUUUUUCCCUCUUGAUCCUGCAGCUACGCAUUGCAGUUCCUGUUUUGAUAACUACGAAAAAUAUCAACACAAACUCGCAACUUUUGCACACAGUGAUUGGAAUGCUCCUCCAUUUAAUACGCAUAACUUUAUAUUUAAACAGAAUUACUGCCGAACUAAUGUUUGGGGAAGAAGAGAGGGAGAAAUGUACGCUCAUUUGCGAUAUUUGAUUCCCAAAGAUCCAAGAUUAAAGUAUUUAUUGGAUCCGUCUUUCAGGCUGGAUAUAAAUAGAACAAAUUAUACAGAGCAAGACUUAACCACUCUUUGCAACUUUUCUAAAUAUAAGUAUCGAAGAAAACCUUUUAAGGAUUCUGAAAUUGGUUGGGAUUAG